AUGAAACUGGACAAAAACACUAUAAUCGUCGUCGUAUGGAGCAUAUUUGCUAUUGGUGCAGCUACAGACCUGGAAUUUGGAAGCAUAAUCCCAAAUCAAUUUAUCGUUGUUUUCAACACAGACAUUCAAGAUGCAGAUGUCACCACGCACUUUACCGAACUCAACCAUACAAUCACAUCCAUAACUCGCACUUCAGAUACACAUCCACUCUCGGACCCAGCCGUAAACAUUGAAAUUAACCACCUAGAUUUCGACGGCAAACUCAAAGGCUACACUGCAUUCAUCACAUCAGAUGUCUUCAUAUCUGACGAACAGCUCGUAUCGAUAAAGCAAGCUAUCUGUGACUCUCCUCAAGUAUCGUUUGUCGAGCACGAUCGUGUAUGUGUUGUGAGUGAUCGUACUGUUGGUGGAAGAGGUGGUGGUAUCAGUGCUGCGUUGUUGCACUGGUAUGGUCCUUUUCAUCGAUUGAGUCUUGGGGGGAAGGAGGCGGAGGAUUUUGUAGUUCAGGAGGGUGCUGCUUGGAAUCUUGUGCGUCUAUCUCAUCGAACACUCAAGGCAUCGUCGGCUAGCACUUCAUAUAUAUUUCCUGAUAGUGCUGGCCUCGGAACGACAGUGUUUGUCGUCGAUACCGGCAUCGACGUCACCCACCCACAAAUUGCUGGUCGAGCUACCUGGGGUACUAGUCUUGUCCGUGCACCCAAUACGACUGAAUUUGUAAACUUUGACGACAACUCACAUGGCACUCACGUUGCUGGCACCAUCGCAUCAACUACAUACGGAGUAGCAAAAGAAGCUUCCCUCGUAGCCGUCAAAGUAAUGGAUGCUCGAGGUUCAGGUAACACUUCUACGAUUUUGGCAGGCUUGCAAUGGGUUCUUAACAAUGCCAAGGAGCCAAGCAAGUCUAUUAUCAAUACGUCUCUGCGGAUGUCCUCUUCACGAGCCAUCGACAUUACAGCAGGCAUCAUGCUCAACAAGGGCAUCGCAUGGGCAGCUGCAGCUGGUAACCAAGGAGCCGACGCAUGCUCCAAUUCUCCUAAUCGGGUAGAUGGAGUCAUGACUGUCGGUGCAAUCACAUGGCAGGAUAUGGUGCCUCGAUACUCCAACCAAGGUCCAUGUGUCAAUAUAUUUGCACCAGGAAGCAACAUCACUUCCAUUCUUCCACGUAAUGGAUUUGGAGUAAAGAGCGGCACAUCGAUGGCCGCACCAAUGGUAUCAGGCCUCUUUGCACUUGCUCGAUCAGUACAUCCUGAACUGUCAUCGGUAAAGGAACUCAACGAGUAUGUACUCAAGUAUGCCACAUAUGGAGUCUUGGAUGGUUUGAAUACCUCUACACCUAAUCGUCUUGGCUACUCUCGAUUCCAUUAG